AUGGUAGAUACCCAAGAGGAAACACCCAAGUGCCCCGUUGAUCACAAUGCAUAUAAACAUUUUAUUCCUCAAGAAAAUCAACAAGUUGAAGAGGGAGCAAAAUGUCCUGUUGAUCACAAUGCAUAUAAACACUUUACUCCUCAAAAAGGAGGUUCAGUAAAAGAGUCUGAUUCUUGUCCAGUAGAUCAUUCAGCUCGUCAAAACUUUAUUCCUGCUUCAAAAGAAGGAUGUGAUUCGGAUGCCAUUGACAGUUCAAACUAUAUGCCUAAAGUUUCUGAACAAACACCCCAGCAUGAUCAACGCUUGCCUUUGGGAAAAGAAAGACAAAUCUCGAGUAUUCCUCGUGCCAACUCUUCAGAGAAAAUGUGGAUCUAUCCUUCUGAACAAAUGUUUUUUAAUGCAAUGAGACGCAAGAACUGGACACCUAAAGAAGAAGACAUGUCGGUUGUUGUUCCUAUUCAUAAUGCAGUUAAUGAAAUGGCUUGGCAAAAGAUUUUGGAAUGGGAAAGGAUGCAUGAGACUAAAUGUAAUCAGCCAAUGCUAUUGAAAUUUCAAGGUAGACCCAAGGAUAUCACACCUAAAGCACGUAUUCGAUCUUGGUUUGGUUACUCUCUUCCCUUUGACCGUCAUGAUUGGACAGUUGAUAGAUGUGGUGAAAAAGUAACCUAUGUUAUCGAUUUUUAUACUGGAAAGAAAGACCCAAAGAACCCUAUAUCACUAAGUUUCUAUUUGGAUGUUCGUCCAGCACCUACUCCAGCUGGUAUCUGGGACCGAAUAAAGAUGUCAUUCAGAAAAGGCGAAUUUGUUUAA